GUCACUCAGCAUCGUCAUCGCGCAGAGAGAAAUCUCAGGUCUUCAUUCUAGUGAUCCUUGCUCUAAUGGACGAAGAUCAUUCCGCUUCAGAUGCCAACAGAGCUUCAGGUAGUAAAAGAAGCUUCGCUGGUGUUAAAGACGAUGAAAGUGAUAUCUCCUUCUCAAAGAAAGUUUCAUCAAUCGACAAGAGACUUGAGGAUUGUAAAGACGAGGUUGCUUCAUUACCAGCAUUUUUCGCUGCCGCUAUUGAGAAAUCUAAAGAGGAGCUUGUUUCAUUGGUUCUUGGUAGUAUUCAGAGUUAUAAAGACCACCUUGCUUCAUCUCAAAAUGAGCUUGAAUCAGAGAUUGAUAAGUGGAAGUCAGCGUUUAAAGACGAGUCCUUUGUACCCGCUAGAAAAUCUCCUGAACCUCAACAUGUGAUUGACUACAUCCAAACAUUAAGAUCUUCUGACAAGUCUUUGAGAGAAGAGUUGGAAAUUGCAAAAAUGAAGUUAGCUAUCCAUGAUCUGAAAUCUCAACUCAAGACAGAGUCAGUCAAGCCAACAAAUCGGGGUACAGAAGUCCACAGCGAGCAGCAGCAGCAAGGAACGACUCCCUCUGGUUCAUCACGCAGUGUGGCAUGGCUCGAGGAAGAGUUGAGGGCAGCAAAUGCGCGGAUCGCAGAGUUGAAUGAGUAUCAGGAGGUGGAGUUGAAGUCGCUGGUGAAGGUGAAUGAGUAUAAUAGGAACAUGGUGAAGGUGAUACUUGAAAAACUCCCAGACUUGUUCCCUCCACCACCUGCACCUGCACCAAAGGAUGACAAUGAGCAGAUGUAGAAAAACCUGUUUCAUUGUUUUGUAACGGAAACUUACUAAUCUAUCUAUGUAGAAAAACGUUGGAAUCAUUUCAAAUGGAUUUUUCUGGUAAUAGCCUGAUCAUUUUUUUGAUCUCAACGGUAAUAGGCUGAUUAAUAUCCC